ACCACAAUUUUCAUCCAAAUUUCAACCUCCUAAUCAAUUUUCAUUCUUUCCACUUCAUAAACGCUGCUAUGGCUGGAGGAAAAUCUAAGAGCAAGGCCUCCAAGAAGAAUACCAACGUCGAAGCAACGUCCUCUGCGCCCCAGCCGUUUCCAUACCUGGACGGCUCGUUUCUUGAGUUCGGGUCGGAAGAGGAACUUACUCGCUUCAUCACCCACUUCGCCAAACGCCGUAUCUCUCCGCCAAGGGUGCUGCCCGAGUUGUUUCCUCAGCAAAAAGGGUACCACGACCUCGACGAUCAACUCAAGGACUCGGGCUUGUGGCCCUUCGUCUCCAAGAGCCGCACCUCCUUCAAUCCCGCCUAUGUCCGGGCCUUCUACUCCAAUCUCCACCGGGACGGGGAUACCAUCCGCAGUAGCAUCAAUCUCCAUGACAUAGAGUUUGACUUGGCUACUUUUGCUCGGGUUGCAGGGCUGCCCACCCGUGGUGACGACAUCGCGACAUAUGCCCCGCCGGAAAAGCGUCUCCUACUUUACAUCCUCACCCGGAUUCUUCGCCCCCAGGACAGUAGCCACACCUCUCUCUCCAACGAGGAUCUCAAGGCGGUUCAUGCUAUCAUCCAUGGCGCCUCGAUCAAUUGGGCAAAAUAUGUCAUGAUUCACAUGGCGGAUUGCGCCUCCAUCACCACCGAGCGGAGCUUGCCAUACGCCUUCCUCGUCAUGGAUCUCAUUGUUGCCUCCGACAUUCACAUCGCCGGACCGGAUACGAAGAUGACGAAGAUUUGGAUCAUCCAAGAUAGCACCUUCCGGAAGAAGUCUGGAGACCAAGACGGCGCCGGACCGAGUCGUGCCCCAGCCCGUGCCCCUGCCCCCGCUCCCGCCCAGGCCUCGUUGCAGUCCAUAGCCGAUACCCUGAAUCGGCUAACCAUCACCGUGGGCGGCAUGGGCCAAUACUUGGAGCGGAUGGAUAGCACGCUGCAACGCCAACACCACGACAUGAGGGCGUUCUUCCGCGGCAUCAACUACGUCCCGCCGCCCUUUGACAGCACCUUCCUCGGCCAAAACUAUAAAGGCGAGGACGAGGAGGAUAACUCCUAUGCUCCGUCCUCCCCCCCGACCAAUGUUGCUACUGCACUCGUGCUGGCUUUGUUGUUCCUUCGAAGGUCACGCUUCUUCAACAACUGCAAGAUCCGAACAAUAGGACUUGCAAGAUCAACUUGUAAGAAAGUUGACCUACCCCCUUUUUAAUCAAGAAGUUUGAUCAAAAAGUUGUAUCCUUCAACGUGGUGUGGUACUUGAGGCAAGGAAACCUUCAAGUGUUUGCACUAUAGCUCUUUGGAAGGAGGAGGAGUUUGCUUCUGGAUAAGGAGUUUAGAAAUCUCUCUUUAUCAAGCUUUUUGUGCUAACU